UCAGGAGUUAAACUUCAAACCAUUUAUAAUUGUAUGGAUUUUUAUUUAUCACACUACGCGAAAAAAAAAUUGAUAUACCAUUGCCGUUUUCUGUGGUUAACUUAUCUGAUAUCGAUGCAACAGCAGAAUUAUUACAGAGCAUUGAAGGAGCUUGAACAGAUGCUGCUGCUAUUUUCCAACCAAUCAGAAUUGUUAUGCAUUACCUUACCGAAUCAACGUCACAAUAAUUUUUUCAACAAAUAUUCGGUUCAACAGUUAAUUGCAGAACUGAAACGUAAAAUCGGUUUAUGUGCGGUAGAACAUUUAUAUAAUGAAAAGAAGUAUAAUGAAGUUGUUGAUUUAUUAAAAUUGAAUCUAGUACAUUUGAGUGAUAUCCCUGUUGAAACCGAUUUAUUAAACGUAUUGUGUCAAAUGGAGGUUUUAUUGGAGUGUUUAUGGAAUGUAGAAAACUAUUCGGAAUGCCUGUCAUGGGCUGAACAGGUUUUAAAGUACACUUCAGAUAUAUUUAUAUCGUUAAGUGAUAGUUACACCCAGAAAUGUUGGUCGAAGACAAUAAAUUUUACAUUGGAUUAUAUACUAGCAAUAAUCAAAAGAAAUAUUAUUGACAUUUCUAACUUUCAAAACCUGGCACGAAUGGUUCAAUCAAUUCAUGAAAUGCUUACAUACCUACUGGAUCCCCACCAAGAUAAAUAUCUUUGUGAUUACUACACGGUAGAUUGUGACAAAGCCUGGGCCAUUUUAUACUACAUAUUGGAAAGUGAUGAUGAUAAAAUAUUGGUGUUUCGUUCAAAUCGUAUUUCUGAUGAAACAUCCCCCCUUGAAAUGGAAGAGGAGACUCUAUUCGGAUCAAUAAUGAUUUUUUUCGUCGCUCACGAGCUGCUAGGAAGACGUCAAUGGUGCUCAAAUAACAAUAGCUACAUUCUUGAAAUGAUGCUCGAUGUAAUUGCUCCAAUGCUGCGCUCUCCGUUACUAGAGCCUUAUCGCGAUUUUAUCAUUGAAUGUUUGGAGCAAACCACAUACUGCUUAUACGGAUAUCCACAGAAAAAAGGUAGAACACGCCACAUUCAAGACCACGAGGCUACACAAAAGAUACUGACAUGGAAAAGGGCAGUGCAAUUAUUCGAUAUAUACCGACCAGACGAGCUACCCGAGUUCAAUUCUUAUAAGAUUGAUUCUAUUACCGCUGAUAUGGAAGCGUUUUUAAAACAUAUUUUGCUGAUUUUUCCUGAGUAUCUUAAUAUUUCAAAAUAUACCGAACCCACAUACAAUUUCAUCAAUGGAACUGGAGAUAUAAUGCCUAAUAUUAACAUUGGAUCAAAAAUAUGUAUUAAAAUUAGACCAAUCUAUUACCUUCUAGCGGACUACUACUUCAAAAACAGAGACUUUUCUAAAGCAAUCGAAUUUUAUAUUAUGGAUCUUACUGUAGAACCAACAAGAUUUGACUCUUGGGCCGGCGUUGCUCUAUCAAAAGCUAGCAAAUGUGAAACGUUGCUCAACUCUGCUGAGAUUAUAAGGUGCCAAGAUUUUCUUAAAGAAACGGGCAAUACAAUACGAUGUUUCGACCAGUGUCUCAAUUUAAAUGAAAAUGAUUUGCAACUGAGAGUAGAAUAUGGUUCAUUUGCCUACAACAUUCACUCGUUUUGCUCUAGGUCAAUUAAAUAUUGGAGCUCGUCUUUGUUGAGUCAUGAACUCGAUCUUCUAAAAAUUAAGAAAAAUGUGAGUGAAAAUAUUGCUUAUAAAUGUUUCAACCUGGCUAAUAUUGAUAAAGCGAAAAAAGACGUAAAGGAAACUAAUAAAUUAGAGCAUAAUGGUCAUCACGAAGACGAAAUAUGGUUGUAUUACUAUAUGCUUGGUAAGAUAACUGAAAAAAGAAAAGAACCACCUGUUGUAUAUUUAUCGCACUACCUCAAAUCUGCUAAAAUAUUAUAUGAUUGCAACGCGACAUAUCCCAUUAAAGUGAACCACAGUAAUCCGUCGCAUUUGUCUAUAGAAGCCUUGGAGCUUUUCUAUCGGACGACCGUUGCUAUUAUGAAAUAUACAGACCAACAUGAAAUUCUUUGCAAGCAGACAAUUAUUUUAUUUAAAAACGUGCUAAAAGAAUUGACAAUAUGCCCCUUCGCGGUUAAUCGAGCUAAAGUUAACGAUAUAGCAUUUCAAAAAAAAACUGACAAUCAAACUACAGACUCAUCCAAUAUACAAAAACCGAACAUUACUGGAAAUUGUGCGAAAUAUACAGUUCAGGAAGUUCCUAUUGCUACUAAAAUCAGUAAUGAUUGCUUUGACUCAUUCGACAAGUCUAACAAAAACGAAAAUGAAGCUGAUAGUCAGUUUAACGGAAGCUUACGAUAUGGAUUGAGAAGAUCUUCGCAGGAGAGCAAUGCUGCCACUUGUACAACUGUAUUAUCAACAAGUAAUAUGUCAAGUUCAUUUUCAUCAUCGUCAAACUCAAUAAAUUCAGAAUUGGAUUCCACUUCAGAGACAGAUAGCGAUAGCACAACGGAGGAUGAGAGCUCACACGUCAAUGUUCGAGACGCUAUAUAUAGAGACUGUAUAAAAAAUUUGGAGGAGUGUAUAACACGUUUUCCCGAGCAUUUCAAGUCAAUCUAUCGUUUAGCAUACCACUAUAUGUACGCUCCAGGUUGUACCAGAUCUCUUGAACGAUGUCGUGAGCUUAUGCUUGGAUCUUAUAGAACUACUCUCGGAAAUGAAAUAACAGGAUUAUUUUCGGAGAGACGAAACAAUAAUUUUUUCAACGGUAUUUGGCGCAUUCCAUCUUCAGACUUCGAUAGACCAGGAAGUUUUGCAGUACAUCUUUCAAAAUGUGUGACCGUUUUAAUAGACACACUGAAGUUAAGUAAUGAUUACAAAACACUUUUUGAUUUGGCCUUCCAGCUUGGUCGUACGCCUGAUAUUGACAAAAAAUAUUUGAAUGAAUCAGAUCGCGGUACCUUAUUCGACAAAGCAGCCGAAGCUUGCAUCCAAGUAUUCAAAAUGUCUCUACAAAAUCACUACGUUCAAAACAACGACAACGAAAUUCUUUCUGUAUUAAUUGAAAUAUUCAAGGCAUACCGAAAAACUUCUAAGCACUUACAGGAACUGGAAAGUAAAUUUUCCAAGAUACUUACCGAUGGCUAUAAAAUGUUCGUAUUCAACAAAGCACAAAUAUCAGAGAACGAUAAUGUAUUUGAUUUAGCUGUUAAACUUUGUACAUAUGAGAUUAACUAUCGUAAAACAAUGGAUAAGUUACAUGGAAUAAAAAAAACGGUAACAACUGGAAUGGAUGCGGCAACAACAAUGAUAACUCCAAUGCGACCGAUUUCAGCGGUCUAUAUACCAGGUCUAACGAAGCAACGAAAAAUCAUAAUAGCUAAGAAAGAGCCGCCUGCUUCAAACACUGCAACAACCUCGUCAUUGAAUCAGACGUUCCAAGGCCAAGCGUGCAAUGUACCUCCCGUAUCCCAUCAGAGUACAUUAAGCCCAACUGCAAUGUACUCAUCAUCAUCUACAAAUUCUAUACACCAUUAUUGCCCUUAGAUACAAGUAUAUAAUCCAAUUUUAUUUUGAAACGUUAUUUGUAUUAUCUUUCAUAUCACUUGGUUAUUAAAUGAUACUAAAAAACA